GAGAUCUGCGCGCUGCACUCGCCAGUGAGACUCUCAGCACGCACCGCGCGCUUUCUAUCUGGAAACUUUCGAAAAGGAUUCGUUAUAAACUCAUUACCUUCAUGUCGGAACUGCUGAAUAUUUCCUCACCGAUGCUAUGGUUACCUUUAUUACGAUCUUACAGGUGAAUCUAGUGAUGUCCAUCUUGCUGUACGUGAUGUUCCUCGCGUACCUCUAUGGUAUCUCAGCCUCUACGAUGGACAAGCAGCGGCCCACGCAGGACCCCAUCAACACGCUCAUCAUAAAGCUCCUGCAGGCCGACAUCAGCCGCAGCCGACAGAAGCAGGACGUCCUCGACGCGCUUCCUUCCCCCACCUUAAACACACCCGCAGUGACCGACUACAAGGAGAAAUACAGCUCGACCGUCUACCAGCCCGUGACGGACAUCUCGUCGGAGCUGCUGCGUCAGCACAAGCGUUACAACUCGCCACGCGUGCUCCUGAGCGAAAGGCCUCCGCUGCAACCGCCGCCACUCUACCUAACGAACGACUUCGUCAGUAACCUGGAGGGCAACAAGACACGGCAGAAGCGCUACGCCGAGCACAAAAGCUACAGGGCCGAGUUCUCUGUGUGUGACAGCAAGAGCCAGUGGGUGACCGACAGGACUACGGCCGUGGACAUUCAGGGACGACAGGUCACGGUUUUAGGGUCCGUCAAUGUGGGACGCACAGACAUAAAGCAGUACUUUUACGAGACAAAAUGUGAGACCGCCAAGCACAACAAGGGCAGCUGUCGGGGGAUUGACGAGAAGCACUGGAACUCGCAGUGCAAAACCUCGCAGUCUUACGUGCGCGCGCUCACUCAGGAUAAAACUUGGGUGGGUUGGCGCUGGAUACGGAUAGACACCUCGUGCGUCUGCGCACUCUCACGCAAACACCGCAGGACGUGAAAAACACUGCAGCAACUCAGCCACUGUCUUUCUAUUGUUCCCUGUAAAUAUAUAAAUAUAAAUUAUUAUUUAAGUUAUAUGGAAUGCAUAUAGUUUAUACAUGUCUAUGUAUAAUGUAUAAAUAUACUUGUUAUUUA